AUGUCGCAAGAGACGUCGCUAAACAAAACGAGAACUUCCGGCACGAAGGGUGAAAGAUUGGACAACCUCCUGCAGUUUCUCGAGACGCAUCCCAUUUCUAAGGAAACCCUGGACCAUUUCGCCUACAGGGCAAUUCCAACAUAUGGUCGCGUUCGAAAAUCAGACAGCAGUGAGGACUACUUGUUCGCCCAAACCAUGAACACUCCAACUACAAUCCCACACUUCCUUACACUCCAGCGAAAAGAUUUCUUUCCGCCGCCUGAAAGUCCGAGAGGGACCAUAUCGCUCAGCGCAGGCCCGCGGACGACUUCAUACCGCGCCCCAGAAUAUCCAGACUGUAUUACGCUCCUUGAGUUAGGGUCUGCCGCGCUGGACGGCCACUAUGGAAUACUUCAUGGUGGGAUAGCCGGAGCGACUUUGGACGAGACGCUGGGCCUCACGGCCUCGUUACAUCUGGCUCCACGUUCUCAACAGGGACUUUUAGGGUUUACGGCGACUUUGAAUGUUACAUAUCGGACACCUGUGUUCACUCCGAGUACUGUGGCUGUUCGCAGCUGGGUGGAGGCACGUGAGGGGCGCAAGUGGGUAUGCAAGGGACAGAUUGUGGAUGCAGAUGGAGUUGUUCUGACAGAGGCGGAGGUUUUAAUGCUCACUAAAGUCCAGAAAUCUACCUUGUAA